UUAAAUAAGCGGCCAUUGUUUGCGUAGCACGUGAGCAGUGUACGCUUCAUACGUUUUGUGUCCACCAAUAACGAAAUAGUUAGCCAUAUGCAUUCCACUUAUCCAUCCAAAUGACUGAUGGUGUUGCUGAGCAGCUGAAGCGGUUCGUAUUUACUUCGAAAGUAAAUAUUAAGGGUGAAACUAAGGAGGAGAAAUUGGAAGUUGUUAUUCCUGAGUUACUGCAAGCAAGCUACUCAUUUUAUACCUGGCCAUCAGCACCAGUGUUGGCUUGGUUCCUGUGGGAAAACCGCGCUGCAAUAAUCAAUAAAAACAUCCUUGAAAUUGGAUCUGGAACAGCCCUUCCUGGCAUUCUAGCAGCCAAGUGUGGAGCGAACGUCACUCUCAGUGAUUCCGUUACGCUCCCAAAGUCGCUUGCGCACAUUCAACGCAGUUGCGUUCUUAACAAUCUGAAACUCGACGAGAACAUUCGGCUGAUUGGUCUAACUUGGGGCUUAUUUCUGAAUAAUUUUGAGAGUUUAGGGCCCAUUGACUAUAUUCUUGGCUCGGACUGCUUCUACGAUCCGACCAUUUUUGAAGAUAUUCUCGUGAGCGUCGCUUAUGUUCUGGAUUUAAAUCCCGGAGCAAAAUUCCUCUGCACAUAUCAGGAGCGCAGUUCAGACUGGACGAUUGAGCCUUUGUUAGACAAGUGGCAACUCAAGUGUCAAGUGCAUUCGAUUGCGGAUCUAGGCGCAAACGCUGGAUUUGACAUUCACAAAUUAAUUGGUGAUCAUUGCAUUCAGCUGAUUGAAAUUUGCCGCUGA